AUGAGCAUAUCUAGUAGAAGUAUAAGGAUAUCACCGGAGACCAUGGCGUGCGUCAGUUUGAGGAGCAGCCUGAGGAUAUUGUGGACGGUGGUGGCGGCGCUCGUGUUCCUCACCAGGAGUAGUGCCGCGCCGACCUUCGGGGGAGCAGAUAAGGCGAUGAUGUACUUAGCGCAGUACGGGUACCUGAGUCCCUCCGUGAGGAAUCCGUCGAGUGGGCACAUCAUGGACGAAAGUUCGUGGCGUCGAGCAAUCGCGGAGUUCCAGAGCUUUGCCGGGUUAAAUGCGACAGGUGAAUUAGAUGAAGAGACUACAAAAGUAAUGUCAUUGCCAAGGUGUGGUGUGCGAGACAAAGUAGGCUUCGGAGAGAGCCGAGCCAAGCGAUACGCGCUGCAGGGUUCAAGAUGGCGUGUGAAGAACCUCACUUAUAAGAUCUCCAAGUACCCGUCUAAGCUGAACCGUGCUGAAGUCGACAAUGAACUUGCCAAAGCCUUCGCCGUGUGGUCUGACUACACGGACCUUACCUUCACACAGAAGCGGAGCGGACAAGUUCACAUCGAAAUCAGGUUCGAGAAGGGAGAGCACGGAGACGGAGAUCCUUUCGACGGUCCUGGUGGCACUCUUGCCCACGCUUACUUCCCCGUGUACGGCGGCGACGCUCACUUCGAUGACGCUGAGAUGUGGUCCAUUAAUUCGAGAAGGGGCACCAAUCUCUUCCAGGUCGCUGCGCACGAGUUCGGUCAUUCUCUAGGGUUGUCCCACAGUGAUGUCCGGUCAGCGCUCAUGGCUCCAUUUUACAGAGGUUACGACCCUGCCUUCCAACUUGACCAGGAUGAUAUUCAAGGAAUUCAGGCUCUCUACGGACACAAAACACAGACUGACAUCGGAGGGCCCUUGCCGGCGGCACCAUCUGUUCCACGCGCCACUACACAGCAACCUGCUGCCGAAGACCCUGCGCUCUGUGGUGACCCUAAGUUUGACACCAUCUUCAACUCUGCGGACGGUGGCACUUUCAUAUUCAAAGGCGAACAUUACUGGCGUCUCACGGAGGACGGUGUUGCAUCUGGAUACCCUCGUCUGAUCUCACGGGCAUGGCCUGGUCUGCCCGGCAACAUUGAUGCUGCCUUUACAUACAAAAACGGCAAGACUUACUUCUUCAAGGGAUCCAAGUACUGGAGGUACAAUGGACAGAAGAUGGAUGGAGACUACCCUAAAGAUAUUAGUGAAGGUUUCACCGGCAUCCCUGACAAUCUAGACGCCGCCCUCGUCUGGUCUGGCAAUGGCAAGAUCUACUUCUACAAGGGAUCCAAGUUCUGGCGCUUCGAUCCCUCUCAAAGGCCACCUGUCAAGGCCACCUAUCCUAAACCUCUCUCCAACUGGGAGGGCAUACCUGACAGCAUUGAUGCUGCCCUACAGUACACUAAUGGAUACACGUACUUCUUCAAGGGUGGUUCAUACUGGCGGUUUAAUGACAGAACUUUCAGUGUUGACUCAGACAAUCCAGCGUUCCCGCGGUCGACGGCGUUCUGGUGGCUCGGCUGCAGUAGCGCGCCGAAAGGCACCGUAGGAGAUGGGUCAGAUUCGGGCGACAACAGCGGGCGCAGCGGCGCGAGCACUCGCGCCCUUAUGACGCCGUUGUCGCUGACAGCACUAGCGACGCUGGUGGCGCUAGCGACCAGGGCGCUGCAGCCGCGCGCCUAG